UGUGAGGGAAGAGCAACCAGACAGUGGAUUGUUGCUCCCGGGCUACGAAUUAAUAUUUGAAAAUAGUGUCCUUCUUUUUUGUUGUUGUUGCUGUUUUGUUUUUGAUUUGAACUAAAGGAAUAACAAGGGGAAUAUCCUGAUCACAGAUCGUAGCCAAUGUGGUGUUCAAAGAAAGCCAUUGGUCGAACGCUCCUGGCAACGUGUGACCAUGGUAAUCCCUGAGACCACAGGAGCUGAGUGUAUGGCGCUACAAGGCACCAGAGCAACACAUUUGACCUAACUGACCAAAUACCUCAAAUACCUGUUUCAUGAGAAAGAGACACAGCAUAGCAAGUUGGCAACUGUGUAACAUGUGAAGAACCAAACUCUGGGAUUAGCCUGAGGAAAAACAAUAUUAGGUAGAGAGAGGAAGAAACAAGGUGUUCAUCUGCUGCUGUCAUCCAGAGAUCCCUGUGAAGAUGCCCGACACAGGAAGCCCUGCACACCAGUCAACAUGAACCCCUAUGUGACCUCUCACUUUAGGAGGGACCUCUUUCCUCACUUCCAUUUGUUGUAGACUGACCCGUUCUGUUUGUCUCCUCCCUGCUGCCGUAGCUGUGUUGUUUCACGCUCAGACGCCUCGUCUGAGAGUCUGAGGCUGUCUGGGAGCUCCUGUACGAAGGCAGGGGUCCUCAUCAGACGUCAGGGUUUUGCUGUGCUGUUUCUCAGGGGCUGGCUGGGCCUCCACAGGCUCAGCUGCUUUCAGGACCCAAAGAUACCUGGAAUGAUGAACACAAGGUAAAGAUUCAAAGCGUAUCAAGGUCUAGUUUUUGUCCCCUUUUGGUUGGAUUUCUCCUGGUUCAAACCUUUUUGGGUUAUUUUUUCCUCCUUUCUCCCCGUGAUGCUCAAGUGGUUGUUGCAUGCACUGUUUUUUUCCAACCCCCAAAGAGCUCUCCAGACGGACACAUGUGAACCCACUUUUGUUUUUUAAACCUGCACGUCUGCUAAACACAAUCCCGAACAUUUCCUGAUAUUAUUUUCAAAAAGGACGUAUCCCUCCUGUGUUUUGAUAGCUUCCCUGGAAUUGAUGGUGUGUGGUUUCUGUCAAGCAGAGUUGCUGAAUGUCAAACCUGAAACAAGAAGAGAGUUGGAAACCUUGUUGGGAAUAAAAAUGCAGAUACAUUCCUUAACGAGGCCCUCGGUGGAGAAUAGGUCUCCAGUCAUAGAAUAAUAGUUACUCCUCUUCAAGUGAAGUAGUCAAUUUCACCUGUACCAACGUCAUCCGGCAGGAUCCAAACCUGGUUCAUCUAACCAGGCCUCUCAGUGAACGAGGCACGAUUGACUGUGAAUCAGCCAUGCCAACACAGAGUCUCACACUGUCCUAGGGUCAGGAUGUUCAAUCGUAAAAGCGGUCACCUGAGAGAGCAGUCCAAACCUACUUGGAGAUGGUAGUCUGACUGUUGGCCAUUCUGGUCAGUAAAAGCGGCGUCCCAUUGGCUUUGGUCAGUGCUAGUUGUCUGGAGGAGUUAAAUGACUUUUGGUUUCCGUGGAAGAGGACAGGAGGACAGAUUCAUGGGGACCUGCAAAUCCAAGUCUCCAUAGUCAGGGAACUUCCCUGUCCCACUGUGACGUGAAGUUGUGAAGAACAUGGAACGUAAGAUACCGCAUGCUCUUUUCUGCACGGUACAGAUAUGUCUUCCACCGUCCAUGCUGGGCCCGUCUGGUGCAGAGCCCUGUGGUUUUAUGUAGCAGUUCUGCCUUCCCUGUUUACCUCAGUCCCUUUUCUCUGUGUCGUUUGAUUGAUUAAGGAAGGACUGAGCAAAACAACAUGAUCAGUGUCUCCUUACCCCCGCCCUGCUGGCUGCAGUCUGCUCCAUGUGCUUCAGAGUGUUUAGAAAAGCUUUCCUGCACGCUGUGUGGUCUUACCGAUUAGUAACCUAUCACCUCCCUCCCUCUCCAACACAAGAUGUCCUCCAACUGGGGUUCAGUGCUGUUGAUACCUUGGACAUUUGUUGUGUGAUGCUCAUCGUCACUCAAAGGGGUCUACAGUGAGUAUAUUCCUGUCAGGACUUUGUCUGUUGGUUGUCAUUGUAAACGUAUUAUUGUAAGGAGACCUUUCAUUGGUUACCAAAACGUUUGAACUGGGAGGACUCCUCCUAACAGAUUCUUGAGAACAAGAGGUGACUGUUGAACUUUGACCUGUACAGAACUUUGGUCCAACGGUUCUUCACACGGCUCUUGAGAUGAAGAGCGUUUCUUCCUUUUCCCCCCCAAAAAAGGGAAUCUGACAUUUUGGAAAAGAGGAACGCCCAUCUAAAGUUUAGGCAGAAGGUAGAAGACCACACACUUCUCAACUGAGUUCCAGGGAGCUCAAAACUCACACAGCAGAACGACAUCAGCCAAGGACGUAGUAAAGAAUCCACACAGGGUACUUGUGGGACACACUGCCUCUAGUGGACCAUGGGAGCAGCCCGCGUGAAGCGGCGCUUCAGUGCCGUGGUGGAAGGGCUGGUGGAGGAGGAGGAGGUCAUGAGGCUGGCGCAGAGUGCUGCUGACACGGCCAGGAUGGGAGGGGGCCUGGCGGGGACAGGUAGCCCCGCCAGCCCCUCCCCCAGCCCCGCCCUCAACGGCAAAGCUCUCCCGCUGCAGGGCAACGGCAGAGGUGUCCGGAGGCAGAGCGGAGCGGGGGAGUCUGGAGGAGGAGGAGGAGAUGGUGGGAUGAGAGCAGGAGCAGGAGGAGGAGGAGGAGGGUGCUCGGGGUCGAGGGGCGGUAGAGGCGCAGGGGGAAGGGGAGAAGGCUGUUCGUCCUCGGAGCGUGAUUCGCUGUCGUCCCCUUCCUCCUCCAGCCGCCACCAGGCCCGUCGCUCCAGCCACCGGCCCCGCCACCGCUUUGUGGGCAAGGACGGACGCUGCAACGUGGCCUUCGUCAACAUGAGCGAGCGGGGCCAGCGGUAUCUCAGCGACCUCUUCACGACCUGCGUGGACAUCCGCUGGCGCUGGAUGUUAGUCAUCUUCACCCUCUCCUUCCUCCUCUCCUGGCUGCUCUUCGGAUUCGCCUUCUGGCUCAUCGCCACCGCUCACGGGGACCUCGCUGUCCGCCUUCACCCAGGCUCGGGGGCCUCUCCCGGGGCAGGAGAAGCCGGGCCUGGGGGGGUUUCAGACAGAGAGGCCGAGGCGGAGGAACCAUGCUUCUUCCAGGUCAACAGCUUCAUGGCAGCCUUCCUGUUCUCCCUGGAGACGCAGACGUCCAUCGGUUACGGCUUCCGCAGCGUGACCGAGGCGUGCCCCCUGGCGGUGAUGGCGGUCGUCUUGCAGUGCAUCGUGGGCUGCAUCAUCGACGCCUUCAUCAUCGGGGCGGUCAUGGCAAAGAUCGCCAAGCCCAAGAAGCGCAACGAGACGCUGGUGUUCUCCGACACGGCGGUGGUGGCGCUGAGGGACGGGAAGCUCUGCAUCAUGUGGAGGGUUGGAAACCUGCGCAAGAGCCACCUGGUAGAAGCCCACGUGCGAGCACAACUACUGAAGCCAAGGGUCACCCCAGAGGGAGAGUUCCUUCCCCUGGACAACAUGGACAUCAACGUGGGUUUUGACGACGGCACCGACCGAAUCUUCCUAGUCUCGCCGGUCACCAUCGUCCAUGAGAUCGACGACGAGUCUCCGUUCUUCGAGAUGGAUCGGGGGGCUCUGGAGAAUGACUCUGAGCUGGAGGUGGUGGUGAUCCUGGAGGGCAUGGUGGAGGCCACGGCCAUGACCACCCAGUGCCGCAGCUCUUACCUGGCCUCAGAGAUCCUCUGGGGACAUCGCUUCGAACCCGUGCUCUUCGAGAGGAAGGAAUGCUACCAGGUGGACUACUCGUUCUUCCACAGAACCUACGAGGUUCUCAGCACGCCCUCGUGCAGCGCCAAGGACCUGGCUGAGCAGAAGUACAUCCAGAGCUCCCGCUCGUCCUUCUGCUACGAGAACGAGGUGGCUCUCCAGCUCGUCUCCCCCCACCACGACCCCGAACUUGGCUCCCCUCCGCCGCGACGCCCCCCCCAUUCAGAACACCCCCACACCAACUGAUCCGGUGUUGAGAGGGGGGGCACAGGGUAGAGGGGACCUAUGGUUCACAGGGAGAAAGGGAGACAGACAGGGAGAGAGAUAGAGAGGGGUAAGACAAGUUAGAUGAAAAAGAUACAGGUAGAAAGGAAGGUGGAAUCGAGAAAGGUAAGUUCUAGCAGAGAGCAGCUUAAGGAAGAUAAAGAAUAGUUAUAGAAAUAGAAAUUGAAAGACUUGUUUAGAAUGAUAAUUCUUCUAACUAAGACAUAUUUAGGGUUUGUAUGUGUUGACAGAGUGAGGUUAGCCCACGGUCCACGGGGGGGGGGGCCACACUCACACAGUUGUCUGAUUGGGCCUGGCGGUCUUUUCCAAUCAUUCUAACCCAGUCUGCAAUGCCUCUCUACCACCACUGAUCCACACUGGCUCCAGCACCUAGCUGACAGGAGACGUGACACUGCCCCCUGCUGGCUUCAACAUGCAACUGACAUGGAGAUGACUGGUGAUGACAGGGUAUGCUAAUGGUUCCUGUUAGGUCAAAUGUUUCCAUUAGGAUGGAAGCACAGGGGAAUGUUGUGUUCUCAGUUAAAGGGUUGGACUAUUUGUUUGAGCCAAUGUGGUGUCAAAUCACGGAGAAACAGCUCAAACAAGCAGCGAUUUAAGCCGUUUCUUUGACUUGUACUGUAUUCAGUGUACUUUAAUGUACUUGUAAUGUACUAAUGCUAUUCAUUGUAUUUUAUUUGCAUGUGUAAAUCAAACAUUUUCAUUUUCUGUGGUGCAGUGUCAGAAUCCAUUGACAUAAUGGUUUUGAGUGCACUGUCAUCAUGACAUCAAUGGAAUAUUUUGGAUGAUACAGUGUUGUUCAUACUGUUGUUCGGUAUUUAUAGUAUUUCCCCAUGAGUUAUGUAUAAUGUCAACUGUUAGCGUUGCCGAACUGGUUUUGAAUACUGGUGGGGAGGAUGUUCUGGAUGGUAUUGGCUCUGUCUGUACUCCAGGGUAUAACUAAGAUCUGUAAGAGUAACUCUGUAAGUGUAAACUGGCCUGUCCUCCCUGAUCCAUUACAUAUUCCUGUCUCUCUGGGCCCUUAAACAGAGGUAAAACUGUCCUCCUCCUAAGUUCAGACAGCAUGACCAUGGAGACUGGAUCCUGCACAGACCAGUUGCUGAAAGAUGGAAGCAGAAUUUCUUAGUUGUAGGAUAGAAUCACUUGUGUUUGGUUGGUUGGUUUUGGUUGGUGUCUGUCUCACGUGAAGAAGCAGUACACUGGUGCCUUCCAAACAAGAUACAUGUCUGCUUCAUCUGUCACUAUGCUGUCUGACACGUUUUAAACUGGAUUUUCUAUUGCGUGGCUAUUUUGUUGCUCAUACUAGAGUGAAGUCGUUUUUUUUCAAACACCUGUUCACCACUUAUAUGGUAUAUAUUGUGUGUUGUGGGUAACAGGGUUUUCCAUGUCGUUGGCACACGUGUAAAACAGCACAAUAACUGUUCAGUUUUCCCAUUAUGUUGCUCUGGUGUCAUACACCUUAUACAUUGCUCAUCUAAAUUUAGCAACAAUUACAUUUUCUUUGGUCAGUUUCCUUUUAUUAUAGAUUCAUCUUGUUCUAUACUUUAUUCCUCGUGUGUACAACACAACACUCGCGAAAUAUACUUCCUACAGGAACUACAGGAUACCAGUGUAACUUGUCAUAAUGUACUGUUGACCGAUAGAGAUUGAUAAUGAAUUUAACGUGUUGUGCUGUCUCUGAUGGCAUGACCUCACUUGCUGCACAAAUCAGCCUAGAUGCUGACAACUUUGAAACUCUGUAUUGUAUUUUUGCACAGAUGUAUUAUGAUGUAAAUGGCAUCUGGAGAGAAAUAUCACAGAUUGUUGUCUGCAACAACGUUGAAAUCGCGACUGGAAUAUUUUUAAACCUCACAUGCAUAGAUAGCAACCUGCACAACUCUUCACAACUCAGCACGGUAAUAAUAAGAGAAGAAAAACCGUAGUAGAUCAACUUUAUAAAAGCUGCUAUUUCUAUGGUUUGAUGCAUGGGAUGAGCUGUUAUUUUGACUGUUAUUAAUGAUCAUUUAUUCAACGUCUGUGUCUUUCCUUAUCAUGCCUCUUGACUUCCGUCUGCCGUGUUCUAUUUAUACCCGGGCCGCCGGUCUCUCUGCCCCACUUCCACGGAAUGUAACUUGAACCAACCGUACCGUAGCCCUGACCCUACGUAGCCCUGACCCUCUGUGUUAUCGUUUUUUAACGCACCACACAAGAAAAAUAUAUGAAUAUUAUUUACUUGACUAUACUUUGGUACUACUUUGUUAGAUUUCUGAACAUGUAAAAAAAAUAUAUAUAAAUACAGUUCAGGUCAUAGAUUUCCGUUAGUUUCGUAACACAAACGACACAAAAAUCAGCUAUUUCCUUUCUUCUGUUAUAUUUUUCCACAGAUGUUGUUCCCCCUUCUUUGUAGUAUCGCUACAAUGUGAACCGUUUUGGGCAGAGAGCGGAUCAAAGGGAGACAAA